AGAAUUCCUAUAGAGACUUGCUCCCCAUAGACCCCCUUGUCCCAUUUUAUUCUGUUCCUCCUUCGCAUCCCCCCUUUACGCCUUCGGCCCAUCGCGAGUUCCUUACGGGAGAACACAGGCGAAAGAACCCUGGAGCCGGUGGAACACACAGCCGCUGCUCUGCUCAACCUCAGUGCCAAUAUGUUGUACCUGGAGACCACCCCAUCGGCCUCGUACAGUGAGUCACAGUACACAAACCUGACUCUGCUCAACAUGGAUCAGAACAUCCAAAAUGGCGGCUCCACCUCCACGAGCCCCUACAACAAUGAUCAUGCGCAGAACAACGUGACGGCUCCGUCACCCUACGCCCAGCCCAGCUCUACCUUCGAGGCGCUGUCCCCGUCCCCAGCCAUCCCCUCCAACACAGACUACGCCGGACCACACACCUUCGACGUGUCCUUUCAGCAGUCCAGCACAGCCAAGUCAGCCACUUGGACGUACUCUACAGACCUGAAGAAACUGUACUGUCAGAUCGCCAAGACAUGCCCAAUCCAGAUCAAAGUUCUGACCAACCCGCCGCAGGGGGCAGUGAUCCGGGCCAUGCCCGUAUACAAGAAGGCCGAGCAUGUGACCGAGGUGGUGAAGCGCUGCCCCAACCACGAACUAAGCCGCGAGUUCAACGACGGACAAAUUGCUCCUCCCAGCCAUUUGAUUCGGGUUGAGGGGAACAGUCAUGCCCAGUAUGUGGAGGACUCCAUAACUGGGCGCCAGAGCGUUCUAGUGCCCUACGAGCCCCCCCAGGUGGGAACAGAGUUCACUACUAUCUUGUACAACUUCAUGUGCAACUCCAGCUGUGUAGGAGGGAUGAACCGACGCCCCAUCCUCAUCAUCGUCACCUUGGAAACCAGAGAUGGCCAGGUGUUGGGUCGGCGGUGCUUCGAGGCGAGGAUCUGCGCCUGUCCAGGACGAGACCGCAAGGCGGAUGAGGACAGCAUCCGCAAGCAGCACGUGACCGACGGAUCAAAGAGCAGUGAGGGUACGAAGCGCCCCAACUACCGCCAGACAUCCCACGGAAUCCAGUCCUCCAUCAAGAAGAGAAGAUCUACUGAUGAUGAGGUUUUAUAUUUGCCUAUUAAAGGGCGUGAAAUCUAUGAGAUUUUGGUGAAAAUCAAAGAGUCUCUGGAGCUCAUGCAGUUUCUGCCUCAGCACACUAUUGAGUCCUACAGGCAGCAGCAGCAGAGCCUCCUGCAGAAACAAUGGGAUUUUUUGGGCAGUCAGACUUACAGCCCGUGUGCUCCUCCUCCUCUGCCUCCUCUCUGCCCCAGGAGCGCCAUCCCCACCCAGCCCACUUUCGGCUCCAGCUCCCCACCGCACGGGAAAGUCAACAAGCUGCCCUCCGUCAGCCAGCUCAUCAACCCGCAGCAGCGCAACUCCCUCACGCCCUCCAGCAUGGCCGCUGGGCUCACUGACAGUCUGGCCUGGUCUGCAGUGACCCCCAUGAUGAGUGCCCACAUCCCUGGCAUGAACACGGACAUGAGUGCCCUGAGUCCUACCCACAGCCUGCAGCCCCAGUUACCCAUGGUGCCCUCCACCCACUGCACGCCCCCGCCACCCUACCCCAUGGACAGCAGCAUCUCCAGCUUUCUUUUGCGGCUGGGAUGCUCAGCCUGCUUGGACUACUUUACAGCUCAAGGGUUGACCAACAUCUACCAGAUUGAGAACUACAACAUCGAGGAUCUCUCCAGGCUGAAGAUCCCGGCCGAGUUCCAGCACGUCAUCUGGAAGGGUAUCAUGGAGCACCGCCAGAACAUGGAGUUCUCGCCUCCGCCCCACAUCCUGCGCACCUCCAGCGGUGCCUCCUCCGUCAGCGUGGGCUCCACGGAGGCGCGUGGCGAGCGUGUCAUCGACGCCGUGCGCUUCACGCUGCGCCAGACCAUCUCCUUCCCGCCGCGCGACGACUGGACCGACUUCUCCUUCGACCUGGACUCCCGACGCAACAAGCAGCAGCGCAUCAAAGAGGAGGGGGAGUGAGCGCUCAAACACACGCACGCACACACACACAUUCAUGAGCGUAUACAGAGUGAGUGAGUGAGAGAGAGAGAGAGA